UGACCCGCUAAAACUGGUUACAUGGGUUUGGGUUAUACCCGAAUUCAACCCUAAUCAUCCUCCUACCAACUCCAUUUCCUCCCCAUUCUCGUCUAGCGCCUCCUGCACCUUCAGCCUCCGGCUGCGCUACCGCCAUAGCCAUCGCCGCCAGCUGGAUAACCCUCAAAACGUACGUCCUCUAUCUUUGCCAUUUGGUCUCUAUUCUCGGUUUACGGCCGCCGUUUCCAUCUCCAUCACCGCAGUCUACCACUGAUUUUUGUGGUUGAGCAAUUGUGGAGAAAGUUGGCAUUGAGAAAAAAGAUAAAGCCUUCUUUAGGAAAAGGGGUGAAAAAUUGCUUUUAGCCAUUUUUAAGGGUUCAAGCCUAUUUGAACAUAUAGAGCAUAAAGUCAUCUGCUACUUUGAGUCAAGAAGUGCAUUGGAAAAAGAAGGAAGUACAUACCUUUGUAGAUACAGCAAUGGUUGAGGUGUGGUGGACCCUCCUAGGGGCUGCUGUUCCAGUUUUCAUUGCUGGUCAAGCUUUUAGAAUGAAGGCAAGACAUGCUGAGGAGCAAAGAAUCAAAAGUGCCCGGGGCAAGGAGAGGAGUGCUGAUGAUAUUUUUGUGUGCGAGAGAGUUUGUACAUCAAAGAGAAUGUUGAAGAAAGUUGGAGCAUUUUCCAAGGAUCCAAUCCCCGAUUCGUGUGUUACAGUUUGUGGUGUUUCUGAACUCGAUGCCUGUGCUGAUGCCUGUGCCCGGACCGUAUGCGUGAACCAACAUCAAGUCCCAAACUGGAAUGAUGUUUGCCUCAGAAGAUGUCAAAGUGAAUGUCUUAAACUCUCUGCUUCUCGUUCUUCAUGAUAAAUCAAUCUGUUGUAUCUGAUUUUUUGCCAUUUUUCGACAUGCUCUAAAAAAAAUUAUGGUAACUCAGUAUCCUUGAUGUUCCAGACGGUAAAUUGUGCUAAGAUCAAGUAAAGUUAGCCAGUUUUUUUUUUUCAUUUUACAAUGUUCUAUCAUUUGUUCACGUUAACUUUCGGGUUAACUUUCGGAUAUUAUGCGAUGAGUUAGUACCUUUACUUA